AUGCUUUUUCCGCUGAAGAAGUCCUUAACUAUUAUUAUUGUGUUUGGGAUUCUCUUGUUAAUGCUACUGUUGGUACUCUUACUUCAAAUCACUGUUGUAGAGAGUGAUUUGACGAGCCGACCUCUCAGUGAGCCCCCGCCUUCCGUGAGACCCAACCACUACCUUCGCUGUGUCGGUGAACGUCUGCUGGUGGACGCGGAGUCGCGUUGGGUUGGGAACAACAGCGGCCCCGGCGUGCUGCCGAUGAUGGUGGUGCCGCUCAUGCUCGACCUGCCGGACUUCCGCGAGCUCAUGUGCAACAUCACCGUGCCGGUGCGGCUACUGGUGCUGGUGCAGAACGGGGAGGAGCCGCAGCUGUCGGCGUUCCUGCAGUCGCUGCUCGACGCGUACGGCUGGAGCGGCCGGCUGGUGGUGCGGCACCACGCGGAGAACAUUGGGUACAGCGGGGCGGUCAACGUGGGCCUCCGCCUCGCCCUCUCCCGCCCGCGCGAGGAAGUGCCGUUUGUGUUCAUCACAAACAGCGACGUGACCUUCUCGCCAGAUCUGCUGCCGCGACUGCUGCAAGAAGUGCACACACGCACACAGAAAGACGCCGCUCGCAUCGACCAGCUGGAAGCGGAGGUGCAACGUGAACCGAGUGGACACGCACCGGCCGGGAGGCGGGCCAAAGUGCUACGCUCACCACACGGAAACAGUAGUCUCUCAACAUCAGCUCUGCUGCCAGACAGAAUACGCUACGCACCCGCAAAGGAACGGGCAAAUGCAUUCUCCGAACAUUACGGACUUUUUUGUAUGAAUUUAAAGGAAAGUUGCUUUACGUCCGUCAUAUUGACACGAUUGGCGAUUAGCAGUGUAGGAUUCUUUGACGAAAACUUUUACCCAUCUUAUGUUGAGGAUAUUGACUACGAUGUGCGUCGUCGCCUACUUGGAUUUAAAAAAUAUGUUACGAAUUAUGGAACAUUUGUGCAUAUUUCCAAUUUAAACUUACGUGCUGCUCGUUUCACAAUGACGCCCACCGCAUUAUGGUUUCGUCGCGCGUUCGAGUUAAAGGCGAUGCGAAUAUAUGCUUUUAACAAGUGGAACACGGAUAAUGCUGGUCCGGGUUCAUUCGAUGAACCUUUCAAUGGUAUCAUUCCUGUUGAUGUGUGGGUGAGGGACGAUGAAAUGAUCAAGAAAGUGCAAGAAUACGCACAAAUGAUGUUAAAGCAGUGCCCCAUAUUAACGUACAAUACUGAUCUCUUGCAUAUUUGA